CCUUUUUGGCCGUCAGUUCGCGGAGAGAUUCGAUCGAGUGAGCUUCGCGCUUGGCUACCCGGUUACCCGAAACCCAUCGAAACCUGAAAUCCACAAAACCCCCAAUACCCAAAAAGUGAAAACCUCAAAAAGCCAAUAGGCCGUCGCAGGUGCUAACAGUAACGAGCUCAGGAUUAAAUAGAUAAUCACAAAUACAAUCAUGGCAUCCCUUUGGCCCCAAAAUGUUGGAAUACGCGCUAUCGAAGUGAUCUUCCCAUCGCAGUACGUGGACCAGACAGAGCUGGAGGCCUUUGACGGGGCCUCGAGUGGCAAGUACACAAUCGGUCUGGGCCAGGCCAAGAUGGGCUUCUGCUCGGAUCGGGAGGACGUCAACUCGCUGUGCCUGACGGUGGUCAGCCGCCUGCUGGAACGGCACCACGUCAAGCACUCGGAGAUCGGGCGCCUGGAGGUCGGAACCGAGACCAUAGUGGACAAGUCCAAGUCGGUGAAAUCCGUGCUGAUGCAGCUCUUUGCCGAGAGCGGGAAUACCGACAUCGAAGGCAUCGACACCACAAACGCCUGCUAUGGUGGCACGGCCGCCCUCUUCAAUGCUGUGAACUGGGUGGAGUCCUCCAGCUGGGACGGCCGUUUGGCCCUGGCCGUGUGUGCUGACAUCGCGGUGUACGCCAAGGGUGCAGCGCGUCCAACUGGCGGCGCUGGAGCGGUGGCCAUGCUGGUGGGUCCGGAUGCGCCGCUGGUCUUCGAUCGCGGCCUGAGGGCUACGCAUAUGGAGCACGCCUACGACUUCUACAAGCCGGACCUCAGCUCCGAGUACCCCACGGUGGACGGGAAGCUCUCGAUCCAGUGCUACCUUUCCGCUUUGGAUACCUGCUACAGGUUGUACCGCAAGAAGUUUGAUGCACAGCAAAAGGACAGCGCCAAGGAUAAGUCGGGCCUGGACACCUUCGAUGCGAUCCUGUUCCACACACCCUUCUGCAAGCUGGUGCAGAAAUCCGUCGGCCGGCUGAGCUUCAACGACUUCCUGCUGAGCAGCGAGGCGGAGCGGGCGAAGCAGUUCCCCGGCCUGGAGAGGUUCAACGAGGCCACUCUGGAGAGCACCUACUUCGAUCGCGACGUGGAGAAGGCCUUCCUCACGCAGUCGGCGGAUAUUUUCGCCAGCAAGACCAAGAAGUCGCUGCUGCUGGCCAACCAAGUGGGCAACAUGUACACGCCGUCGGUGUACUCCGGCUUGGUCUCCCUGCUGAUCGGAGAGCCGGCCAGGGAACUGGUGGGCAAGCGCAUCGGCGUGUUCUCCUACGGCUCCGGUCUGGCGGCUUCAAUGUAUUCGAUAAGUGUGACUCAGGAUGCGGCGGCCUUUGAGAAGUUUGUGUCAAAGCUGGACUAUGUCCUGCCGCUGCUCAACUCGCGGGAAAAGGUGGCUCCCGAGCAGUUCUCGUCGCUGAUGGAGGUGCGCGAGAAGAACAACCAUGCGGCGCCGUACACACCCACGGGCAGCAUCUCGGCUCUAUUCCCGGGAACAUACUACCUGAAGGAUGUGGAUGCGCUCCACAGGCGCACCUACGAACGCACGCCGACCAUCAGCAACGGGGUGCACUAACCCCCGGGUAAUGGGUUCGGUUUGGUUCCGGUUUCGCCAACAACUUGACAAUAACUCUCUCGACGACCAAACCCAUUUAAGAUGUAGCUGUAGACGGUAACUAUUUAUAAAUGGUACGAGUACGAUCCAAGGGGAUCGCUUUCCUUUCUUUCUUUUCUUAUUCGGGUCCUAAUCGCAUAUAUAGUGCUACACAUAUUAUUUAUACAAUCCAAGCUUGCGAACUAAUAAUUUCAUCAAGUCAGACGUUAUUUAUACCAUAAAACGAGUCUUAACUAGUGUCGGUACUGCAAUCUACGCCUAUAAUUGUACAAUACUUACUAUAUAUCUGUGUGUGAGGCACACAACCCAUUGUUUUACGAACAAUAAAAAUCACCAAUGUCAAAAGAA